AUGGGCAGCGUCGAACUGCUUGGAAUCGUCGAGCAAUCCGAUAAUCCCAGGCAUGGAGUACAAAAUACAAUCUCAUUACAGUAUUCAACAGCCCUUCGUCAGACAGCUCGUCUAUUUCCUGAAGCCAUCUCUAUCUUUCAUAGUCCAGAGACCGCUGAGAGGAAGGAAUGGAAAAAGAAAUGCGAAUCAAAAGGAGACAUUUGCUACAAUAGACAUCUACCUAUUGGGAAAUGCUAUUUAUUGACGAAAACGUUCAACGCUGCGGCUGAAGACAUUUUUCAGCAUCAUUGGAAUGAGAUUGAGGAUACGCCUAGCUGGAAUCCACAGGUUCACGCGGUGGAAAAAGUGGUCAGUCUUUCCCCUACGGCCGACAUCAUUCAUUACUCGACCUCAGAUGUGGUGGUCGUAAAAGGCCGUGAUUUCGUGGUGUGCCGUAUGUGGCGUCGUAUCGAGGAUGAAUGGUUUGUGGUGGCCGCCAGCUUCGAGAAUGAUAUCCCCGUUUGGCCAAAGAAGAAGAGAGGCCAAGCGAACAUCGUGGCCGGUUGUUUCCGUCAGAAGAAAGGGGAUCCGGAGACGGCCAUUGUCGAUUAUUUGGUCUCCGUCGAUUUCCCAGGCACUUCCAUCCCAAAAGCGGUACUCAGCAAGAACAUCGCCGAAAUGUUGGUGGCCGACGCGCGGUACGCUGAGAAACAUUUGGCCGAGAGGAAGGCGAAGAAA